UAUUUUUCUUCAAAGGUUCGGAACUUCAUCUACACAGUCAAGGCUUAUCCAGACUUCACUCUGGACGCACGCUUUGCUCAACAAGCUAAAGAGAUAGCCGAUGCAAUAGAAAACAACCAAACAAGGAACGUAGAAUACCUCUCAGAGAAGAUGGUGCUGGACUAUGGAACCCAUGUUAUCACUAGUGUCGAUGCUGGGGCCACUUUGGUGGGGGAAGACUACCUCCGUUCUUCAUAUGUGUCGGACAGUGUGUCGGAGAGUUCCUCUGUCAAGGCGCAGGCCGGCUUAAACUUUUUUGACAAAGUCAAGUUUGACAUAAGCAGUCAAAAUGUCCAACAGAGCUCAUCCCUUCAAACAUAUCAGUCCAACAUUCAGUACUCUAUUAUCCAAAGCCAUGGCGGCGGCACGCCUUUCUAUCCUGGCAUCACCCUGCAGAAGUGGCAGGAAAGUACCAGGAACAACCUGGUUGCUAUUGACCGCUCAGGAUUUCCCCUACACUACUUUAUAAACACCAACACCUUCCCUGAUCUUCCCCAGCCUACAGUUGGCAAAAUAGCUGUUGCGGUGAGUCAGGCCGUAGAGCGAUACUACAAGGUCAACACGCGGCCUGGAUGCGUCGACGUCAGCUCCAAGAACUUUAACUUCCAAGCCAACAUUGAUGACGCAUCCUGCGAGGGCCCCGCUACAAACCUCAGUUUUGGCGGUGUGUACCAAGAGUGUAUUCAUAUCAGCUCAGAUGCAGGUCCACUGUGUGAUGCCCUGGCCCAGAAAAACCCUGAAACAGGGGACUUCUCCUGUCGUUCGCCUUACUCUGCCACUUUACUGAGAUCGGAGGUGAGACAGCAGGGUUACACUACCUACGAUUGCUAUGACCAACGCUAUCGGUGUGGGUUUUUGGGCAUUUCACAUUGCCAUCGUCAAGUGUGUCAGGACAACUACCACGUUCGCUCUGCUCACAUCAACACCUACUGGUGCUCUGUGAGCGGGAAGGCCCCAGACAACUCAGGGUAUCUGUUCGGAGGCAUAUACAGCCCCUCCCUCCUAAACCCCGUCACUAAU